GCGCGGGGUAUGCUGGGCGCAGCCCUUUCCCGCGGUGACUUUGCAGUUAAGCGAAGGCGUCUGCGGCUCGCUGUCUCAGCUUGUGGCGGGGACCCCCGGCCAGGAUGGUCGGGGUGAAGGUAAUCGCGAACGACACCGAGUUCCAGCCUGAGCUCAGCGCCGCCGGCUCCCGGCUCGCCGUGGUCAAGUUCACCAUGCGGGGAUGUGGUCCUUGUUUGAGGAUAGCCCCAGCUUUCAAUGCUUUGAGUAAUAAAUAUCCCCAGGCAACUUUUUUGGAAGUGGAUGUACAUCAGUGCCAGGGAACAGCUGCAACCAAUAAUAUAUCAGCAACACCAACAUUUCUGUUUUUCCGAAACAAAGUGCGAAUCGACCAGUAUCAAGGAGCUGAUGCUGUAGGAUUAGAAGAAAAAAUUAAACAGCAUCUAGAGAAUGAUCCUGGAAGUAAUGAGGACACAGAUAUUCCAAAAGGAUAUAUGGAUUUAAUGCCAUUUAUUAAUAAAGCUGGCUGUGAAUGUCUUAAUGAAAGUGAUGAACAUGGAUUCGAUAACUGUUUACGUAAAGACUCUACCUACCUGGAAUCUGACUGUGACGAGCAGCUCCUUAUUACUGUAGCUUUUAAUCAACCUGUCAAGCUUUAUUCCAUGAAACUUCAAGGGCCAGAUAAUGGUCAGGGUCCCAAGUAUAUAAAAAUCUUUAUCAACCUUCCCCGAUCUAUGGACUUUGAAGAGGCAGAAAGAAGUGAACCAACUCAAGCCUUGGAACUAACGCCGGAUGAUAUAAAAGAAGAUGGUAUUGUCCAGCUUCGCUAUGUAAAAUUCCAGAAUGUUAACAGCGUAACUUUAUUUGUCCAGUCCAAUCAUGGUGAUGAAGAGACGACAAGAAUUACAUAUUUUACAUUUAUUGGAACUCCAGUCCAAGCAACAAACAUGAAUGACUUCAAGCGACUUAACUUCCCAACCCCAAAGAACUAAAAAUGCAGAAGAAAAUGUUUUAAAAUGAAUAUUAAGAGUGACCUUGUCUCGUGCCACACCCCUCCCUGCUCCCUCCGUUCAUCUACCAUCUGUGUCUCUCCCUUUCCACAAUCUCGCCACUGGUGCAAGAGCCUUCUCCUCUGCAGCUACUGUGCUCUGGAACAGCUUUCCUGUACCUCUCUGCUUCAUCAACUCAUCUUUUUUUAAUCCCAUUUUAAAAUCUUUUCUUGCUCAAGUUUGCUUUUUAAUUUUUAUGCUUGUUAACAUUAAAACUAGAUAGUAGAUUUGUUAUACUACACAUUUAGACCUGUUUUCUUUGAUUUUUAUAGUCUAUCUUGUGUUUAAUUCUAUAAAGCAAUUUGAGAUGCAGUUUGAGACUUUGGCAAAUACUUUAAUUUGGCUUUUAUACAAUUUAUUGUAUGGGGAAUAACAUUAGAACAGGUUAUUAAGGUGUAAUCUAUCAUGAAGACAAUCUCAGGAUUUUUCAUCCCCAGUUAUUUCAAAAUUUUCAGUUUAGUUGGCUAAUUUUUUAGCAGAAAGAUAUUUAGCAAAUCACACCAAUUUAAUUUCCCUUUCCAUUGUUGGGCCAGUCAGAUCAAGAAAUUAUUAUAUAUUUACAUUUUUACAAAAUGUCUAAUGUUAAAGAUUUGUACUAUGUCACAAUUGCAGUACCUAUUCAUAGUUAAGGUAUGGUAUCUUACAAACAACUGCCAUAUAAAGUGUCCCGUAAGUGAUGGGAGGGAGAUGAAUGUCUUGUAGAAAAUAAGAAACUGCUGUUCUUACAACCAUCCUCCGUUUGGGGCAGGGAUGGGAAAUGAGCCUUUUUGGCCUGUAAUGACAAAAAUAUCCAUUCUGGUGCUUA